GGAGCAAUCAAAAUGUUAUCUUUCCGAAUAUAAAAUAUGGAGUUACUUCCCCUGACACUUUAUUGUUAAAGCUUCCUCAAAUAAUUCUCUUGAUUUCCUGCUCUGCGUUUGUCAGCUUCAGUUUAGAUUUAUCUAAAGAAACAGAUCCCAGCAUUUUUUGUUACGUUUUCCUGUUAAUGUAAAUCAACGUUCGCCAUAAAGUCUAAAAACCAUUCUUGGAAGCAGUCAUGACUUAAGUUCUGACAACUUCACCACAUUCUGCCACUUUCCUAUUCGCUCUUACCUCCUCCCACUCCUCACGAAGCACUGAGCAGAUAACAUCCUCCUCAAAUAAUAUCAGCUGACAGUGGAAUAAAAGAAUUUUUCACUUGAAGUGCAUCAAUAUUUAUUUGAGAGAUUAAAAGAAAAAUGUUAUGCAGAACAGAUAUGUAACCCUGUUUAUAUGGGAGAAUUACUGCUAAAUAUUUGCUUUGAACUGAGAUUAAUGGCAAAAUUUCUCUACUGGAGUAUCUGGAUGAUUUUGAAUUCCAAUUAAACUUGGAUAACAAAAGAGUUUCCAGUAUUUUCAAAUACUGACAAAGGUAACAAUUGAUGGCAGUGUAACCAAAAUAUGUAGGAAUAUAUGAAAUAAAGAAAAAAAACAAAAAAAGAUAUAGACAUUUGCAAAUUGUGAGAGGAGGAGGAAAAUUAUGGAAAGCAAAUUAGGUGAAAAGCUUAAAUGUAAAAUACAGUCUAAAAAAAUGAGUUUUCCUGAUGAUAUAAAGAUUGAGGAAGGUAAAGCAUUAUACUACUGUGAUAUCCUUAAGAAGUCAUUCUCACAAACCAUUAACAACCAUAUUCGUACAGGAGAAAAACCAUAUCAUUGUGAUAUCUGUGGUAAAACGUUUUCUCGAAAUGAUCUCGUAACUAGACACAAACGUAUUCAUACAGGAGAGAAACCCUAUAGCUGUGAUAUCUGUGGUAAAUCAUUCUCUCAAAAUAGUGAGUUAAUUUCUCAUAAACGUGUUCACACAGGAGAAAAGCCAUUUUGCUGUGAUAUUUGUGGUAAAUCAUUCUCUCGAAAUGACCUGUUAACUAAACACAAACGAAUUCAUACAGGAGAGAAACCGUAUCAAUGUGAUAUCUGUGGUAAAUCAUUCUCUCAAAACGAUCAUUUAACUACUCACAUACGCAUUCAUACUGGAGAGAAGCCAUACAGCUGUGAUAUCUGUGGCAAAUCAUUUUCUCAGAAGGAUAGCUUAACUGUACAUAGACGCGUUCAUACAGGAGAAAAACCAUAUCACUGUGAUAUCUGUGGUAAAUCAUUCUCUCAAAACGAUCAUUUAACUAAACACAAAAGGAACCAUAUAGAAGAGAAACCAUAUUGUUGUGAUAUCUGUGGUAAAUCCUUUUCUCAAGGACAUAACUUAACAAUACACAAACGCAUUCAUACAGGAGAGAAACCAUAUCACUGUGAUAUUUGUGGCAAAUCAUUUUCUCAAGGACAUAGCUUAACUAUACACAAACGCAUUCACACAGGAGAGAAACCCUAUUGCUGUGAUAUCUGUGGUAAAUCAUUCUCUCAAAGUGAUCAUUUAACUAAACACAGGCGUAUUCAUACAGGAGAGAAGCCAUACUGCUGUAGUAUCUGUGGUAAAUCAUUCUCUCAAAAUGGUGAAUUAAUUCGGCACAAACAAAUCCAUACAAGUGACAAACCACAUCACUGUGAUAUCUGUGGUAAAUCCUUCUCUCUAAACGACCAUUUAGCUAGACACAGAAAUAUUCAUACGGGUGAGAAGCCAUAUCUCUGCGAUAUUUGUGGUAAAUCAUUCUCGCAGAUCAGUCACUUAACUAGACACAAAUACAUUCAUACAGGAGAGAAACCAUAUAAUUGUGAUAUUUGUGGCAUAUCAUUCUCUCAAAAAAGUAACUUAGCUACACACAUAUGUACACAAACUCAAGAAUAACCGUAUCAAAGUCAAAAUUCAGGUCUCUAAGUAUAUCACAGGAAAUGUACUUCUUAAUUAUUCUUGGUCAAAUUAAUUCUUUUUUCCCUUU